AUGAGAGAACGAACCACAGGGGGAAAAACCAUUCAAUUAUUUGGUAUGCCUCAUGUGGAUUUGUUCAAUUCAGGUAGAAUGCUUAUACCAGGAGUCGAUCUGAAAAUGAGGUUUACCCUUAAUGAUCCCAAAUUCUUCAUGAAUGGACUGACUUCAGUGACUACAAAUGUCAGGCUUCAACAGGGAGAUUUGAAAAUGAAAUUCUUUGCAUGUAUGGUCAAAGUAAGGUCAGACAUGUACAAUCACUGGAAAAAAAAUCUAGAUGUGUACUAUCCCACUGUGAGAUCAGAAAUCAGGAACUAUACCCUGCAAAACAGAGACAGCAUUUUCGAAGCUACAGAUGUGUUCAACGGGAGAGUCCCAGACCGUGUGGUGGUAGGGUUAGUCCUUUAAAGAAGCUUUUCAGGAGAUUACGGCUACAAUCCCUUCAAUUUCACCAAACACAAAAUAAGUAGUAUCAAACAGAUUGUGGAAGGAGAAGAGUACCUGUGUCAAGCUUUAGAACUUAAUCCAGCUAAUGGUACGCUCGAUAUGGCAGGGUAUCACAGACUUGCCAUGGCUAAUUGCUGUAAGUUUAAAGGAAAAUGUAUGAUCAAACCGGAACACUGGGGACACAACAGACAUACCACUUUAUUCAUGUGGAAUAAUGUGGCUUCUGGAUGUGCAGACAAUGUACAAUUGAACCCUAAACAGGAAGGACGUGUCAACAUCUCAAUACGAAAGACAUCUGUAGAUGAAUUAGUGACAGUUAUCAUUUACGGUGAAUUUGAAAACAUGUUGCAGAUAAAACCCACAGGAAGCACUCAGUACGACAUUUACAGUCAAACGAUUGCAGGCAGAAUCUAA